AUGGAUCGAUACAAUACGAAAGAAGAUGUCCUCAAGCUGGGGAUCAUCAACCCAGAACUCGAAGAGAUCCUCCAAAAUCACCCCCUUCCACCAAUGGACCUCACAGCCCCGAUCGAACAACUACGUCAGGGCGUCUCAUCCCUGGAAAAGAUCUGCUACGACUCGUGCCCAACCUUCAACACCCAGGAAUCCGAGCGAACAAUCCCCAUGCGCGACGGCCAUCAAAGCAACAUCCGCAUCAUUAAACCAGAAAACCCAGUCUCGGCCAGCCCGGUGGUGGUCCUGAUCUUCGGCGGCGCCUUCAUCAUGGGCACGAACAUCCAGUGGAUGCCCUGGGCGCGCGCCAUCGCGGCCCUGUACGGGGCGACCGUGAUGUUGCCCAGCUAUCGCCUAGCGCCCGAGCAUCCGUUCCCCACCGCUCCGAAUGAUAUCUGGGAUAGCGUGCGGUGGAUCGUGGCUAACGCGGCCUCCCUCGACGCAGAUCUAUCGCAGGGCUUCGUCAUUGGGGGCGGAUCAGCAGGGGCAAACCUCGCCAUCGUAACGGCGCACCGGGCACGGAAGGAAAAUCUCUCAGCACCUAUUACGGGCGUGUUGGCAAAUGUGCCGGUUUGCAUGAGUCAAGAGACAAUCCCCGAAAGGUACAGGGAUCUGUGGCAGUCGUAUGAGCAGAAUGCGCACUCGCCAAGUCUGAAUCUGAGCUCCGUCGAAGGGUACAAUGCGCUGUAUCAGCAGGAUUUUUUGUCGGAGGAUUUCUCACCGUUUAACUCGACUGUGUCAUUUCACGGUCAUCCGCGGACGUAUGUGCAAAUUGCGGGAAUGGAUGUUAUUCGCGAUGAUGGUCUUGUCUAUGCGAAGGUUUUACGGGAUCAUGGGGUGGACGUCAGGCUGGAUGCCUACCCUGGAAUGCCCCACGGUCACUUCAGCCUCUGGCCACAGCUGAGGUCGUCAUUGGACUCGCAGGUGGAUACCGUGUGGCACGCUGGGUGGCUGUUAGGGCGUGAGGUCAGUCGAGAGAAAGUAGGCGAGCUUGUCACUGAGUUUCGGAAGUAA